AUGUCUGCCGCUCUGUUUAAUGACAUCGAAUUGCUACCCCCUGAUGCUCUUUUCGGCAUCAAACAAAGGUACGGACAAGACCAACGCACUACCAAAGUCGACUUGGGUAUUGGGGCCUACAGAGACGACAAAGGUAAACCAUGGGUCUUACCAAGUGUUAAAGCCGCAGAAAAACUAAUUCAUGGCGACAGCUCUUACAAUCAUGAAUACCUUGGUAUUACCGGGUUGCCAACUUUGACAUCUAACGCCGCCAAGAUCAUCUUUGGUACCCAAUCCAAUGCCUUGCAGGAAGAUAGAGUAAUCUCCGUACAAUCGCUGUCAGGUACGGGGGCUCUUCAUAUAUCUGCGAAGUUUUUCUCAAAAUUCUUCCCAGAUAAGCUGGUCUAUUUGUCUAAGCCCACUUGGGCCAACCACAUGGCCAUUUUUGAGAAUCAAGGCUUGAAAACGGCCACUUACCCUUACUGGGCCAACGAAACUAAGUCUUUGGACUUAGACGGCUUCCUAAGUGCUAUUCAGAAGGCCCCAGAGGGUUCAAUUUUCGUUCUACACUCUUGUGCCCACAACCCUACUGGUUUAGACCCCACCAGCGAGGAAUGGGUUCAGAUCGUUGACGCUAUCGCCUCAAAAAACCACAUCGCUUUAUUUGACACCGCCUACCAGGGGUUUGCCACUGGAGAUUUGGACAAAGAUGCUUAUGCUGUGCGUCUGGGGGUGGAGAAGCUUGCCACAGUCUCUCCCGUCUUUGUUUGCCAGUCCUUUGCCAAGAACGCCGGUAUGUACGGUGAGCGUGUAGGCUGUUUCCACCUAGCACUUACAAAGCAAGCGCAAAACAAAACCAUAAAGCCUGCUGUUACCUCUCAAUUAGCCAAAAUUAUUCGUAGCGAAGUGUCCAAUCCACCGGCCUAUGGUGCUAAGAUUGUCGCUAAACUGCUGGAAACACCAGAAUUAACCGAACAAUGGCACAAGGAUAUGGUUACUAUGUCCUCCAGAAUCACGAAAAUGAGACACGCAUUAAGAGACCAUUUGGUCAAGUUAGGCACUCCCGGCAACUGGGAUCAUAUAGUGAACCAAUGCGGGAUGUUCUCCUUUACAGGGUUGACUCCUCAAAUGGUUAAAAGACUUGAAGAAACCCAUGCAGUUUACUUAGUUGCUUCAGGCAGAGCCUCUAUCGCUGGAUUGAAUCAAGGAAACGUCGAAUACGUGGCUAAGGCCAUUGAUGAAGUGGUGCGCUUCUAUGCUACUGAGGCUAAAUUGUAA